AUGUCUGAAGUACAGGGAACAUUGGAGUUUUCCGUAGAGUUACACAAGUUUCACAAUGUGGAUCUUUUUCAGCGAGGGUUCUACCAAGUUCGAACAGGGUUGAAGGUCUCCCCUCGUGUGCUCCACAGGUUAAUAGUGACAACCCAAGAUAAUGCAAGUGAAUGCAGCUUCAGCUCCCCGGGGGUGUACGACGGCAAUGUAUUCAGCCGGAUAUUCCAGAUCCUUUACAGGAAUGAGGAUAUCACCGUCAAUGACUGCAUGGUGUUCAAAGUGCACCUGCUGCUGGAUGGAGAGAGGGUGGAGGAGGCCCUUAGCGAAGUAGAUUUCCAGUUGAAGCUGGAUCUGCACUUCACCGAUAAUGAACAACAAUUGUCGGACAUCGCCGCCGUCCCGUUGAUCAGCAGCCGCACCCUCAACCUCCACUUCCACCCACGGAGAGGCUUGCAUCAUCAUGUUCCUGUCAUGUUUGACUAUUUCCAUCUGUCCGUCAUUUCUGUCUCCAUCCACGCCUCACUGGUUGCCUUACAUCAGCCGCUAAUCAGCUUUGCUCGAACAGGAAAGGGCUCCUGGCUGGGAAAAGGUACACCAGAGAACACCAGUGACCCAGCUGCAAUUUCUGUGGAAAACCUUGUGUUUGGUGCAGGGUAUUGCAAGCCCAUCAACUCUGAGGGAAGUUUUUAUGUACCCAGUGAGGACUGCCUGCAGAGAGCUCACACAUGGCACAGAAGACUCUGUCGCCUCCUGCUGUCCGCAUAUGGGGGCCUCAAUAGCUACUGCACUGCACUAAUGAAGGAGAUUCCACAGCUACAGCAGAUACCAGUGGAAACAGAAGUCGUGCCUGUCGAAGAGACCUUAAAUCAGAUUGCAAUAGAGUUACAGCUGCAGGAGGGCCACGAGAAGGUGGCUGAGCAAAUCAGCAAGGACGUAGCCCACCUCUGCACACGGCUGGCUGCCUUGUGGAGCCAUUUCCUGGAAGCUUCUGUCCUCAAUCCCCAUGUUCUGACAUACCUAGCCCAGGAACAUCACACACUUCGGGUGAGGAGAUUUUCAGAGGCAUAUUUCUUCACAGAGCAUCCCAAAGAGACAUCAUUGACAUUUCAAGAAGAGCUAAUCAACAGACAAGGUCAGAUUGCUGCAGAAGUGCGCUGCUCAGACUACUUGGCCAAGAUGCCUCCUUUACCUGUCGAGUGCCUGGAAAUUGAUGGUGACCUGAACAGCCUUCCCAUAAUCUUCGAAGACAGAUAUGUGGAGUUUUCUCAAACAGAGUGGCUACACCAUGUGCCAGUUCUUGCCACGUCCGAAGAUCCGACUGACUCCAGUGCUAAUAUCAUGGCUGCCAAAAGGACUCAUCUAAAUAGUCUAAGAGCCAAAUGCUUUGAAGUAUCGUCCCAGGAUCCUUCGGAUAGCGACGACUGCAUGGAUUUGACCACAUAUGUGUCACUCAUAGGAAAGCAGAGUAACACCAACUGUAGACAUUCUCCAAACACAAUACCAAUGGAGGAAAACAUUGAACAACCAGUAGCUGAUCUGCAGGAAUCAAACAAUUUCACAUCAGUCAGGGAAAGCGAUAGUUCAGUUACGGAAAAAUCGUGUGUUGUCAAUUCUUCUCAAAAAGAUGACAUUCAAAAGAAUGUGAAUGCGUCUCUUGUUCCUGAAGAUCACAUCGACCAAUACAAUGCCUCAAAGGACAGCAUUAGCCAAAAGAGUGAGGACAAUGAAUUCGAUAUGCCGCUAAAUCAGUUCGCGGAGGACUUAAAUGAUGAUGCGCCAAUUGGCGCUCUCGUAGUCUCUCCACAUUGUAUUUCAUCUUCGUCCCCUGGUGGGCUCAGAAGGGAUAUGCCCAACCGAGGAGGUCAAGUCAUCUCGAAGAUCAUAAAGCGCUCGUCCUCGGUCAUUUCAGAUUCGGGUAUCGAGAGUGAACCCAGCUCUGUGGUUUGGCCUGUUGAGGCAGUGCUACGUAGUCGCCCUCCUUUGGAUUUCUCCAGCGAACGGGAGAUUCCACGGCAGAAAGUGUUUCGCCAUCCAGUCCUACGAAGCUCUUUGGAGGGCCUGCAAAUGGAGAGCAACGGUAGCCUUCCGAGCGGAGGUAUACAAGCCUCGUUGACAUCGAUAAGCUCCCUGCCGUAUGAAGAUGAGCGUGAGCAGAGCCCGGGCGGCAAACUAACCAAGUCCAUGUCUGCACCGCAAAUCAGUAGCCCAGAUGAUAAUGAGGAGGACUGCAUGCCUCUAAUUCAGGAAUUACAUGACACAAUACAUUCUGGUCACAAACCCUUUUCAUUGAACUCAGAGCAGUCGGAAUCAUCGAUUUUCGACACACGCUCAAUGACAAACGAUAGUACUGAAAGGACCGUCAGUUCUGAAAUGUCAAAUCAACCACAAAACAUUUUCGAGACCUACAAAUGUAAGUCGGCACUAAGUUGCGAGUCCGUGGAGGGCCCUAGCAUCAAGGAUAGUGCUGUUAUGGACUGCCAUGGGGAGAAUGUGAAUUAUCACAUCAGUGGAGUAAGUGUCUCUGUGGAGGAUGUGGCUUUGGAAGCACUUCCCUGCAGUAGUGGACAUGAGCCAAGUGGUCAUAAAAGCGCAAUGGACCAGCAGACUGUCAUCAGUGCUGAUGAGUGCCAAAGUCUCCAUCAGACUGAACCUUACAAUCGGGAGUCCGGAACGCAACUUGCAUUUGAUUCUUUGAGAUCAUCACAAGGCUGUGACCUGGCAAGGCCGACAAACGAUGAGAUCACGUCACACAUUGAACAUAACGGGAUAUCAGCCAGUGGGAACGAGGCAUCAGACGGCCAGACGAAGCCGUCGAAGGUGCCCAACUCAGGCUUGGCCUUCGUCAACAAGAAGGUGGUGGAAGUGGUGAACAUGUCAGUGUCCUGUGCGCCCACCUGUCUACCCUUUUCCUCUGUUCUAAGAGACUCUCCAUCUAUGAGUGGCAUGUCCACUCGCCAGACUACCUCACCCGUUACCAAUCAGCCUCUGGGGUCGUUUGGUAUCAUUUCCUCAACGUUAGCCGACCAUCUCGGCAUGGACCACGAGACCAACGAACGCAUGCUGAGUUUCUUCAAAGCCAAAGAGGAGCUGUUUAAAGGGAUGAGCUUCCAAGGUGGCUUAUACAGCGAUCUUCCUCUACUGGCAUCAGACCUGCCCUAUUUCCCCCCAGAGGAGGAUGACGAGGAGUUUGACGAUGGCAUCCACCUUGUGGUGUGUGUGCACGGGCUAGAUGGAAAUAGCGCAGACCUUCGCUUGGUGAAGACGUUCAUUGAGUUAGGCCUGCCAGGAUCGCGGCUGGAUUUUCUCAUGUCUGAAAGAAACCAGACUGACACGUUUGCUGAUUUUGAUACAAUGACGGACAGAUUGCUGGAUGAGAUUAUUCAACAUAUCCAGUUGUACAAUCUCACUAUUGGCAGGAUAAGCUUUAUCGGCCACUCUCUGGGUAACGUCAUCAUCCGCUCGGUGCUGACGAGGCCUCGCUUCCGCUGCUAUCUGCCGAGGCUUCACACGUUCCUCUCGCUUUCAGGCCCUCACUUGGGCACACUGUAUAACAACAGCACACUGGUCAGCACAGGUCUUUGGCUAAUGCAGAAGCUGAAGAAAUCCGGAUCUUUGCUGCAGCUCACCUUCAGAGACCACGUGGAUCCCCGAAAAACGUUCCUUUAUCUCUUAAGUCAGAAACCAGGGCUUCAGUUCUUCAAGAAUGUGGUUCUGGUGGCGUCUCCACAGGACCGUUAUGUUCCUUUCCAUUCUGCCCGAAUAGAGAUGUGCAAAACUGCUCUCAGAGACAAAACUACAGGCCCCGUCUACACGGAGAUGAUUAACAACCUUCUGCAGCCUCUGAUGGAGGCCAAAGAUUGCCGUCUCAUCCGUCAAAAUGUUUUCCACGCUCUGCCCAACACAGCCAACACGCUGAUCGGCCGAGCCGCGCACAUCGCCGUCUUGGACUCAGAACUUUUCCUGGAGAAGUUCUUCUUGGUGGCGGGACUGGACUAUUUCAAAUAA